AUGGCGCGUAGAUUUUCGUUGCCGGCAACAUUCAGUCCCACGGUGGACGAUCCUGCAGUCAGAGCUACCACUCUUUACAUGAUAUGCAGUGUUGGCAUGGUUGUGGCGAACAAGGAAGCAGCCACUCGACUUCAGGCUGGAACCAUCCUCCUAGCAAUGCAACAGGUGGCAACGAUUUUAGUGGCCUGCGUCCUUCACAUACUCGGCAGCAAAGAGAUCCGUGGGAACAUGCACGAGGUGAUACGUUGGUCACCCAUCGCAGUGCUCUCGGGCUUGAUCCUGUGGACAGGCAUGCAGGCACUGAUGUAUGCAUCUCUCUCCACCUUGACAGUCAUACGGAACGCCAGCCCUCUCAUUCUUUUGGGAGCGGAGCGGCUGAUGUUCGGCGUCCCGAUCACGAAGGAUGCCAUCAUAUCGCUGACGACGAUCCUGAUAGGCGUGGCUGUCUACUGCUCAGAUGACAUCUCCACCAAGGAAGCCCUGGGGAUCUUUCUGGUGGUCUUGGACGCAGCCUUUGUGUGCUUGGAUCGCCUAGCGCAGCGCUACCUCCUGCAGGAAAUGCCAGUGUCCCUGUCGUCCUCAGCUCUAGUGCUUGUGUCCAACGCCGUUGGCUUGGGCUUCUCGACCGUGCUGCUCUUCUACCCCAUGCACACGGAGCUUCACGAGGUGGAGUGGACGCCAGCGGGAAUCGCUUGGUCCAUAGCCUCUUGCAUUGGAGGCGCUGCCAUCGCCUAUGCGGGCAUCGGCCUGUCGCGCAAUCUUAGUGCGACUGGCGCCCUGGUAGUCACGAACAUUGACAAAGUGCUAGUGCUUUGCUACGGAGUGAUGAUGUUGGGAGACCACUUUGACUCGAGGAAGUUAUGUGGAUGUACAUUUGCCCUGGUCGGAGGCACCUGGCAUGCCUGGGGGCGCUUGCGGGCAGGGGAGGAGAAGAAGCAGGAGCUCAAGACAGAUCCUUUGAGCCAAGAGCUUGCUCCGUCCGCCGAAGACUCUCGGCAGCAGGCGGCAUGA